UUCCCACACUGUAACGCCAGUGCAUGAGCACAGAGAGCAUCACAGACCACCUUCAGCACCCUACCGUACGAGUGUCGGUACUCGAGUACAGUACUCGUACUAGUAAAUUACAUUACUCAGACCGGUGGACCGGCACCAUGACAAUCGACCCUGCUGCUCGAGUACUGUAAUAAAUUUACCGGUGGACCAUGAGCUCCACUUCGGAAAACAACUCAAGACGACAAUCCACGAUCCAAGCACGUGGAAAUGAGAAAAGAAUCCAUCGGCGAUCACACUCCCUAUCCAACCGACCAGUACCGGUAUCCGGCUAGCCCUUUGGCAAUAGCAAUAAACACGCCACCAGCCACCUAGGUCACCCCUUGUGGCGUCGUGGUGCACGCGAUUACGAACAGUACCGGUACCGGUAUCAUUCUUACCCCGAAACCUUUUCAGCGUCGACGAUCCAUUCGCCCUCGGACCCCGCCAAACAAUCGCCAUAAGCGGAACGCACACCCCGUCAAGGGAAGGAAACCAAGGGACAAACGAAGACAGCGGCGAACACCGGUACUCGGGUACCCUAACGAAUAUAUACAAUGCGCCCAAUCGCAUACAUCAAGAUGUUCGUGGCGUGAGUUCCCCCCCCCCCUCCAAUCGAACGAAUACGGGAAACCCUGAAGCAUGCAAAGCUAACACUCCAAUCAGCGGCACGGUCUGCUGCGUCGGCGGCCCCGCUCUAGUAUACUAUGUAACCCCCGAUCCCGACGAACUCUUCAAAGCACGACGCCCUUCCUCCCCCGCUCGCACCGCGUACUGACAGUCUCGCCAGCGCUACAACCCGGAACUCCAAAAGAAAACUCUGGAGAUGCGCGAAGUGCGGGAGAAAAGGUACGCCGAGUUUAUGGGGAAGCUGCGCGAGUACUCCAAGAGCGAUAAGCCGAUCUGGGUGGUCGCCGCGGAGGAAGAGAAGAAGCAGAAGAUUGCGGCGAACGCUGAGAGGAAGAGGAUUAGGGAUGAGCAGGAGAGGCAGAGGCAGGAGAUUUUGGAGGAGCAGUUGAGCGGGAAGUAGUUUGAGGCGUUUCCGUUCCGGUCGUGUAAGUAUAGGGGAUUGGAGAAGAAGGGUCUUCUUUGUAUAUUCUUUCUUUUCUCUUUUCCUCCCAGAUCGUCGAUAUCACUAUGCCUG